AUGAUUUUUUACAGAGCCUGUUUGGCAAUAAUAAUUGUUAUUGAAUUAGUAAUUUGUUCGCCCGGCGUGUGUGAUUCGCAACGUUGCAUCAAAAAAUGCUGCCAUCAAAAUGAAGUUAUGAUCAUCCAGGAAACGACGGGAGAAUUAAGUUGCGGUUCUGCCAACGUAUCCAUGUCCCAUCCAGUUUUAGUUUCCGAUGGAUUUGAAAUACUUUUCAACAAGUCGUGCGAUUUUGAACGUCAAUACGCGUUUCCUGGAGUUAUUAUUGACGAUAAUAUAACGUUUUUCGAAAACGCCACGAUUCAUUAUCCAAUGUUUGGACAGUUGGUACCGUUAUUUGAAUACGAUGAUUUUUGCGUGGACCAUUUUAAUGGACAACCUGGUGUUAUGGUUUGUGUUGACAAAGAAACGGUGCCUCAAGAGGAACGACGACAUAUCCAAAUUAGUAAGUAG